AUGUCAAUUUGCCACAAAGGUUUAAAAACUAUUGAAGAUAUUUCCCAUAUUUGUGAUGAAUAUUUUCAAUCAUCAUAUUGGCUAUCGAAAAAAGAGUUUUCAGAAUUUUAUUUAAAACUUAAAGAUAUGGAUCCAACUUUUAAAAUGAAUGAAUUAUUGAUAUAUUUGAACUAUGUAAAAAAAUACCCAACUUUUAGACAAUUAUCAAGUAUGACUGGUCACUCAUCUGCAUUACUACAAAGAGCUUUAAAAAAAGUAGUUGAAUUAGUUUGUGAAAUUUAUGAACAAGAACCAUAUAAUUUUAAUGAUAGAUUAAAUGCAAAGCCAAUUUUACUCAAGGGUAAAUUGGUUUACGCAAUAGUUGACACCAGUAUUUAUAAAAUAGAACGUCCUUCUCCAUCUCACGAACUUGAAAAACUCUACUAUUCACCAGAGCAUGGGUUUCAUGGAAUAAAAUUUGAAUUUUGUGUAGAUACUGAUGGUAGCAUUGUUUGGGCAAGUGGUUAUUAUGAUGGUGCAACUCAGGAUUUAAAAAUUUCACAAAUAUCAGAUUUGGUUAAACAAAAGUUAGAACCAAAUGAAAGAGUUUUAGCAAAUUUAGGUUAUGUUUCAAAAGAUUUUGAAUACUUUUUUCUCACAGGAGGAAAGGAUUUUAUUCCACCAGAUGCAACCAAUGAAGAAGUUUAUAUGGAUAAGGUUUUAAAGGAAAAAAGAAGUAUAAUUGAAAACUUAUUUGGCCAUCAAAAAUCAGGUUUAGGCAUUUUAAAACAAAAAUUUAGAGUGAUGGAAGAAUUAAUUAAAUGGAGAAGAUCCCUUCAUUGUAAACCAGAAUUAGGAUGGUGCGAAUUUGAAACAUGCAAUUAUUUAUAUCAAGAAUUAAAAAAGAUUGGAUAUGCAAAACAAGAUAUAUUAUUAGGAAAAAAAGUGAUUAAUGUGGAUUAUGUUAGGGGUAGAAAUAAAAUUUUAGUCGAAAAAGCAUUGGAAAAAGCAAGAGGAAAUGGUGUCGAUGAAGAAAUGUUAAAAGAAAUGGAGGGAUACACAGGCAUGGUUGUCGUUUUUGAUAGUGGUGUUGUAGGUCCAACAGUAGCACUUCGUUUUGACAUUGAUUGUGUUGGUGUGCACGAAUGUGAACUACAAGAGCACAUACCAAAUAAAGAGGGUUUUAGAUCCAAUGCAACCAAUUGCCAUCAUGCAUGUGGCCACGAUGGUCAUAUGACAAUAGGGUUAAGUGUUGCAAAGUGGUUGUUUGAAAAUAAGCAAUCAUUAUGUGGUCGUGUAAAAAUAGUGUUCCAACCAGCCGAGGAGGGUGUAAGAGGUGCUAGACCAAUGGCCGAAAGUGGUAUUGUCGAUGAUGCCAAUUAUUUCCUUUCAUCGCAUCUUGGCUUUAUUGCAAAGAGUGGUGAGGUUGUAGUUAACCCAACUAAUUUCCUUUGUACUACCAAAUACGACUUUAGAUUUUAUGGUAGUGCUUCACAUGCUGGAGCCGAGCCACACUUGGGCAAGAAUGCUUUGGCAGGUGCAUGUAACGCAGCAACUCAAAUGUUAGCAAUACCAAGACAUGGAAAUGGUAUGUCUCGUAUAAAUGUAGGUGUUAUAUCUGCAGGUACCAAUAGAAAUGUUACACCAGCCUAUGGUGAACUCCAACUCGAAGUCAGAGGUGAAAAUGAAGAAAUUAAUAAAUUCAUGUGCGAAAGUGUAGAAAGAAUUGCAAAGGGUUCAGCCAUGUCACACGACUUAAGACUGGAAACCGAAAUUAUGGGUGAAGCUGUCGACUUGACCAAUGACAAAGAAAUGAUUCAACUUGUAUCCGAUGUUGUAUCAAAGCACAGCGAAUUAAAAGUUAUAGAAACCCGUAUAUUUGGUGGAAGUGAAGAUGCAACUAUUUUAGCAAGACGUGUACAAAAAAACAAUGGUAAAGCAAUUUAUUUCGUUAUUGGUUCAGAUUUAAAAGCAGGACAUCACCAAGGUACCUUUGACUUUGAUGAGACUAGUUUAUUAACUGGAAACAAAAUCUAUACCGAAUGUUUAUUUAAAUUACUAAAUAAAAAAUAA